AACAACACGCAGUUGUGUGAAGGUUUAACUCCGUUGGUAUCUCCCCGCCCACUUGUCCUCUACAUCCAUUCCCAUCACUAGGCCCGGCUUCCCGUGCGGUGCUAAAGCCAGAGCUACAUCAGGAUGAAGCCAAAGACGGUCCUGAUUACAGGCUGCGGCAAGGAAAGCCUCGGAAAUGCGCUGGCCAAGGAAUUCCGCCGCCGAGGUCACACCGUCUUCGCAUCGGUCUCGAGCCUCGCCAGUGUCGACCCUUCGCUGUCCGAGGCGGGCUGCCACGUCCUCGAGCUCGACGUGACCUCCACCGCCUCCAUCGACCAGGCCGUGACGGUGGUUACCAACCUCACGCGGACCACCACCGACGAGGGAAGUCUGGACAUCCUCAUCAACAACGCGGGCAUCAUGCACAUCAUGCCGUUCGCCGACACGCCGGUGGAGCACGCCCGGCGGGUGUUCGAGGUGAACACGUUGGGGCCGUGGGCGGUGACGCGCGCGUUCCUGCCGCUGCUCCUGGCGGCCGGCCUCUCCGGCAGCGGCGGCGGCAGCGGCGGCGCCAAGGUCGGCAACGUGUGCAGCGUCAACGAGGUGCUCUGCCCGCCCUUCCUGACGGCCUACAACGCGUCCAAGGCGGCGCUCGAGUCCAUGAGCCGCACCAUGCGCCGCGAGCUGGCGCCCCUGGGCGUGCAGGUCGUCACCCUCAAGUGCGGCUGCAUCGAGACGGGACUGUUCAACUCGCCCGACGUCUCCAUGAGCGGGCCCACGUGCCCCGAGACCAGCGUGUACGCCGGCCUGCGCGAGUGGAUCGGCCGCCGGGAGUUCUUGAAGGUGGGGAGGUUCUUCAAGAGGGAGGUCGUCGCGGAAGACCUGGUCCGGGAGCUGUUGAAGGAGAACACCAGCGCCGUGGUGUGGAAGGGCGGGCUCGCGACGAUCCAUUGGCUCUUGUCGUUUGGGUGGGAAACCAUGAUGGAUCGGACACUAAUCAAGGGGAAUCACCUCGACACGAUGAGCUGGUCCCCACCAAAGGACUGAAGAUCUGACUGUGACGCCUUCCUAAUGUUCUUCUCUGUCCACAGCCAUCAGGGCCAUGCAUUGAAAAUGUUCCAUCCGUUCGAUUUUCUUCCCGGUUUCUCUUUCCUCUUUUUUCACCUCUGUUAUUUUUUCAAAUCAUUAGGUAGCAACUUAAAGUUGAUUUCUCAACAGUUGUCAACCUCCCUUUUUUCAGAACAUUCGGAUUACUUCCACUAUUUCCAAACUUUGUAAGACAUGAUGCAGUUCUAAGGAUUACUUCCAUAGUUGAAUUCUCAAGUACUUCCC